AUGGCGCAUGGAUAUAUGUCAUCAAGGGGAGCACUGGAAGCGGAGGAUGUUGGCAAUGAUAUAUCUCGCCCAAUCAAUCAUGGAGAACAAAAUUCCCGGAGCACAAGCCCAAAGGACGAACGUCAGAAGUGCAUCUCACAGCAAAAUCCGCCAGAUGCAAGUUGGACGGGGAUAAAUGAACUGUCUUCCGCAGUUGGCAAUUUGAAACAUUUGCGACACUUGAAUUUGUCUGGAACUGAAAUCCGUAGCCUACCCGACUCGUUAUGUAGUCUAUGGAAUUUGCAUGUUUUGAAUUUAGAUGACUGCGAAAAACUUGAGGUUUUACCGAAGAAGAUGAGGUACUUAAUUAAUCUCCGUCAUCUAUUUUUGGAAAAUUGUGACGCAUUGAGGGAGAUGCCAUCUAAAAUUAGAGAACUAACACGCCUUCAAACAUUGAGUGCGUUCAUAGUGGGUCGUGACAGAGGUCAAGGACUUGAGGAAUUGCAAUGGUUGAAGCUGGGCGGCAAUCUUAAAAUACAUCAUCUGGACAGGGUGAAAGACCCUAUUGAUGCAAAGAAAGCAAAUCUUGGUAAAAAAGAAAAUCUCCGUCGUUUGUUUUUGGAUUGGGGAAGUAAUGCCGAGUAUUUAGUAAGAUCAUGGGAAGAAGGUAUAGAAAUGGAUGAGAAGUUGUUGGAGGCACUUGAACCUCAUCCAAAUCUUGAAACUUUACUCAUAAGGGGAUUCAAGGGUAGGUGCUUUCCAGUUUGGAUGUCGAAUUCAACUCUAGACAAACUAGUCGAAAUUAUUCUAUUACGUUGUCAUAACUGUUUGCAUCUUCCACAACUCGGAGAGUUGCCUCAUCUUAAAAAACUGAUUUUAACUCAUAUGGAGAAUUUGGAGUACAUUCUUGAGGAAGCAGCAGUAGUUCGAAGUGGAAAUUCACUAUUAAGCCCAUCACAACCGUUCCCAUCUUUGGAAACACUGGAUUUACGGUAUAGCCCCAACAUCAGAGGAUUGAUAAAAGAGCAAGUGACGAUGGGAUCAGUUAAAGCAUUCCCAAAUCUCGAGGUGCUAUACGUCGAAGGCUGCUCUUCGUUAAUACUGCCACCGCUCUCAACGUCCUUUAAAAAGUUGAAGAUAUUGUAUUGCGGGAUACUAUUACUGGCUUCUGUGCCCAAGGCGGACCUGCUCAAUCUCACUAAGCUUUUCGUUAACUUGGAGGAGAAUACUGUCGGGACGUGUACUCUUACAUUGGAGACACUGCAAAGCUUCACCAACCUCAAGUCAUUGGGUAUCUACAAUGCGGCCGGUGAACUAUCUCUGCCCGAACAAGGGUUGCAACACCUCACCGCUCUGGAGGAAUUGUACGUAUUCGAAUGCCCACAACUUGUGGAGCUGCCAGAGGAGAUUAAACACAUCCCCCGCCUUAAAACAGUAACGUUGCAAAAUCUUCCAAAGAUGGCGUGUCUACCUGAAUCCUUGAAACACCUCUCAUCCUCAUUCCACUGUCUAGAACUAGUCAACCUUCAUCAGCUGAGUUCAUUGCCGGACUGGUUUGGCGAUAUGACUUCUCUUGAGGAACUGUAUAUCGAUGAAUGCCCGAAGCUAGCAUCGUUUCCGACUAGUAUCCGGCGAAUGACAAACCUCCGAUAUCUGACUGUGAAAAAAUGCCCGGAACUCGAAAGGAGAUGCGAGAGAGCAAAUGGGGAGGACUGGCACAAGAUACAACAUGUUCGCCACCUGCUAAUCGGUGAACAAUUGUGAUUACUGGAAACCCGUCAUCCAAGUAAUUAUUAUCGAAUUUUUUCCAUACUUUUGUAACUGCUUUCAACUCAUUAUAAGAUAUCAUAGAUAUAUGAUUCUCCUUUCCUUUUUUUUUUUUUUUUUUUUAAUAUGUAUUCGAAGCUCAUUUACUUGGAAUUUCAGCUUCUUUGAUUAGCUUUUCUUCCAUGUUGUAUCUCUGUUUGAUAAUCUCCGACCAGAAUCUGUUGUUCUU